AGUUUUUUGGCUGGGAGCAACUUUGCUGCUGAGCUAAGCGAGGUGACGCCUGCAAUUGACAGUGUUAACGUUAUGAACCGCGUGCACGGCUGCCCGAGGUGCGUCGCGCGGGCGUGUACGUACGUAAACAGGCGUCUUUGUAGGUCCGUGUGGCCGGGGACGCUGGCCCGGCGCCCGUCCCCUCCCGCCGCCCUGCCGUGACGCGGCGCCGGCGUCGUUUUACAGCCCGUUUAACCGCGUUAGCGCGGCCGCCCGAGCCGAGGAGGAGGAGGAGGAGGAGGAGGAGGAGGAGGAGGAGGAGGAGGCACGGCGCAGCGGGGCGAUGGGGCGUCCGCGCGGGCACCGCCGGGCCCUGCUGUGCGCGGCGGGGCUGCUGAGCCUGGCCGGGGCGCUGGGGGCGGCGGCGGCGCUGGGGGCCCCGCGCUGGGUGCGGGCCGCCCCGCUGUGCCGCACCGGGGCCCUGCUGGUCAACGCCUCGGGCCCCGAGCUGCGGCAGUUCCUGGGCGAGCUGCGCUACGGGCUCUUCCAGGGCCAGCGCCUCCGGCAGUGCGGCCUCGGCGCCCGGCCCCUGCGCUUCGCCUUCUUCCCGGAGCUGCUCCGCGCCAUCCCCGCCAGCAUCCACGUGAGCGUCGUGCUCUUCUGCGCGGCGGCGGCGGCGGCGGCGCUGGCGGCGACGGGGCUCUUCGCCUACAACGCCCUGGGCAGCCCGCGCCGGGCGCUGCACGGCCCCGCCGGCCUCUACCUCUGCACCUUCGUCGCCGGCUCCUGCGGCUGCCUGGUGCUGGUCCUCUUCUCCUCGGAGGUGAAGGUCCACCACCUCUCCGAGAAGAUCGCCAAUUUCAAGGAGGGGAGCUUCACCUUCAAGACGCACAGCGAGCAGUUCGACAGCGCCUUCUGGGUCGUCCUGGCCUGCUGCUUGGUGCAGCUCCUCAACGCCGGCCUCGCCCGCGUCGCCGGCCUGCAGUUCCCGUUCUCGAAACCGAAGGACGCGGGGGCGAGUGCUGGAGCCGCGGACCUGAUGUACUGACGCCGGCGGCCUUCGGGAGACGUGUGAGGCGGGGGGCUCGUCCCUGCCGCAUGCAGCUCCGGCCCCGCGUGCUGAGUUCCGCACGAUCGGUUCUAAAGGCAGCGAUCACAAAAAAGACGUCAAAUCAACGCCAGUACGGCAUACGCGAUAAAAGGGAGGGAAAAAGACAAAAUAUAAAAGGAAGGGAAAACGAAAAGAAAAGGGAUAAAAGAGGCAAAAAAUGAAAGGAAUGAAAAAGGCAGAAAUAGAAGGAACAGAAGAGGGAGAAGCUAAAAGGCAGGCAGCCGUGGUGGUUAGCGAUGCCGAGACGCAGCCGCCCCUCGCGCUGGGGUCCGCGGAGCAGCGGUGCCCGGCCGAGCAGGGCUGCCGUGGGCCGAGCCGCAGCCCGGGCACCCCCGCCCCGGAUUUUUCCUUAAUUUCCUUCUUAAUUAACGUGCAUGCUCUUCUUAACUAAUGCGACUGUAUCUUAUUAACAUGUCGUUUGCAUUGCA